CUACCAUGAAAUAUGUGUUCGGGCAAAUCCAGUUCUUGGGAAUUUCCAUCUGUCUAGCAUCGCGUUCUAUGGGUGUAUCAUGCGCACGCACACCGCACCUUGAUGGUCUACCCCCCGCCGUCCUUCCCUACCCCCCACUUUCCUUCUCAACCUCUCACCGCAAACUGGGCAAACCUUCCUCUUCCCUUACCUUCCCAUCAAUCCUCGUUCUCGAUCUUCACGGAAUAUUUUGGGGAAAAUUAUCUCAGCUACAUCCAUCAAUUAAUACACCAUGGGUCUUGGAAUCUAUGAAGUCGCACCUGCCAGACAUGUUCCUGGAACAGCAAGGCUUUACGAAGACGAGAGCACAGUAGAGGCUCCGAGCAGAACGAGUCAUCUCAGACACGGGACUGGAAAAGAUUCCCAGCUUCUACUUGUUCCUCAACCAUCGAAUUCGCCCAAUGACCCUUUGGUUAGUCUUAUUUAAUUUUUCUUAGGAGGUCUUUCUGCGGUUGGCAAUUUUGGACCGAUUGGGCUAACGCCUGUAACAGAAUUGGCCAUUGUGGAAGAAGGAUCUUACCCUCUUCAUUCUAUGUAUUACCGCCUGCAUCGGUGAGUUUCCCUGAAUAACCAUCCCCAAGGCGAAGUGGUUUCUGAAUCAAUUAAAGCUGCUGUUCUUGGCCCCGCCAUUGCGCCAAUCAACAAAAUGCUGGUCGACGAAUUCAAAACUACCUAUCACGUUACUGCAAAGUUUGCUGGUUGGCAGUUUUGGCCUGCUGGAAUUGCUGGACUCUUUGGAUCUGCGGUUGGACGGGUCUGGGGUAAACGUCCGGUUUAUAUAUUUUCUACUCUUCUCCUCUUCAUCGGUGCCAUCUGGAAUGCACUCGCGCAGAGUACAGAUAGCUUCUUGGGGGCAAGGAUUUUGCAGGUACCCGUUUUUUUUUUUUUUUGUAUGAGACUUUAUGGGAUGAAGGAGUUGCUCACAUUCGCUCUAGGGAUUUGGACUGGGGGCAUUUGAGACAAUUGUUCCUUCCACUGUCGGGGACAUGUACUUUGUGGGUUUUCAAGGGCUGGUGAUUAUCUCUUCCAAGGGCUGACAAGGUUAGGUUCACGAACGUGGAAAACGCAUCGCCUUCUACAAUCUCAGUUUCCUGGGAACCACUUAUUUCAUGCCGGUUUUGGGUGGAUUCAUAUCCAUGAGACAUGGCUGGCGUUCCCAAUUCCAGAUUAUUAGUGCCUUCCUUGCGCCGGCUUUAAUCCUAGUUGUUCUUCUGGUCCCGGAGCACGCCUAUAAUAGGCCCGCAAUUUUCGAUACCGAUCUGCACAGCGGUGGAGAUCUCAGUGAAUUGGAUGAGGCUUUGGGGAGAGCUGAUGCCGCUAAGGCUAGCGAAGGUAGGGCUGUGAGCGGGAAAUCUGCAACUGCCAAUAGCACAGAAGAAGAGAAAACCACAAAAGGGGAGGGAGGGGUGGCGAGUGGCAGUGACUUAAAGUCAGGAGGGAUUGCCUCUACAAGUGAGACCCCCGCCACUUUAAGCGAUGAGCCAGCUAUCGUAGCGGAACCUAUUGAAGAGAGGAAGACUUGGGUACAAGAGCUCAAGAUUUACAAUGGAAGGUUCUCGGAUGAGAGUUUUUUCAAACUGAUAUUCGCGCCUUUUGCCUUGUUCUUGUAUCCUACUACGCUCUGGUCGUUCUCCUUCCAAGGAACCUUCAUUACUUGGGUAUGUAUUUUAUUCCACCAGUAUUUGCACUUCUAAUUUACUAAUACAUGAGAACACAGGGGAUUGCUGUCUCUGUUGUUCUUGCCCAGAUGUUCGCCGGUCCUCCCACCAACUUUGGCCCAGAAGAGCUCGGAUACAUGUAUACUGCGCCAUUCAUCGGGGCACUUUGUGCAUAUUUAUUUGGCGCCUUCGUUUCCGACUGGUCAGCCAAGUGGAUGGCGCGCAAAAACAAGAACACCUACGAGCCAGAAUUUAGAAUCUUGCUAGUUAUUCCGGUUGCAAUUUUUGGGCUGCCGGGACUGUACGCUUAUGGACACGUCGCUGAUUUGCAUUUACACUGGAUCGUUCCAUCCAUCCUCUACGGACUCUUGACAUUUGGGGUUGUAUUGAGUUGCACUGCUACCUUCUCUUAUAUUCUCGACGCACACCGAGAUAUUGCAGUAGAGAUGAUGGUUUCAAUGUUGUUGCUAAAGAACUUUUUCGCCUUUGGAUCCACCUAUUUCUUGGUUGAUUGGGUGUAUAACGAUGUAGGACCCCUCUCUUGAGUUGCCGAGGUCUUCCACUGAUUACAGUACCGAAAUAGGGUCCUGCAAGAGUUUUCGACAUACUCGGAGCGAUACAGACGGCUGUUUGCGUCUUGUCCAUCCCAAUGUACAUUUUUGGGAAGGCCCAACGCGAUCUCAUGGCGAGACAUAACUUGCUGAAGAAGUGGGGACUGUACCCCAAGUCGGCAGCGAGUGCUCUUCCUGUCUCCUGAUUUUAGUUUAUACUCAGACGUAUGAGAGUUUCAGUGGAAUAGAUCUGGGGGCAUAAGUUUCUUUCUGCCGAUUGUUCUGGUGACGGACGGGUUUUUCUAUAGACACUACCGAAAAAACUUCUCCUUUAG